AUGGCGACCAUGGACGUUGAUUCCCAGCCGCACUGCCUCAGCCUCGUAGAGGCGUCUCCGAGCAGGAAGAAGACAAAGGGUGGUGUCAAUGUAUUCCAGUAUGCGGCCACAGUCGAGCAGACCGCGUGGAAUGACGAGCAGCAGAGGGAACUCCAGCGGCGAAUUGCUGGCUUGCGCGAGUUGCCAAAGAAGAGACCGCGAGAGUCUACUGUCGAUCCCUCUACUGCCCCGCCAACCACCUCCAACGUCCGUCCGUCCACACCGGCAGAGGUCAAGCCCAUGGGUGGCGCCCCGCAGUACAAACGAUCAUCCUUCCCCGGACCGAGCAAGACAUACACCAUUAUACCCCAGGACGAUGUUCAGGAGGAACAGAGUCCACGACGGCGGAACGCCACCGCGCCCCCCAAGGUGUGGUCCACGAAGGAGAUAGAAUCGGCGAAACGGGCAGCACAGUUCAAGCUGUACGACGCCGUACUGUCGACGAACGGCACUGUCCCUCAGAGCGAGACGGACGCAGAGAUCGAGAAAUUCUUGCCUCUUCUGAAGGACUAUCUCAACUUGGACGGAAUGCCUCUACCGCCAGCUCCUGUGAAUGGCGAGAAGGACUCGGCCAGCAUGGAUGAAGACUACGUGUACGACGUCUUCUACCACCACCCGACCACCGUCCAGGAGCUCUGUGCGCCUGGUUCCGCAUCCAACAUCGCGAGGCUAACCACAUCUACCUUGCCCUUUGUGCAGUACCGGUCUUCCACCAGAACUCAGUGGCUUACAGGAGAGGAUGACUCGGACGAGGAGUACAGUGACGAAGACGACGAGGACUCCAACGCGGAGGACUGGUACACGAACGACUACCCAGACGAGGAGGAGUCGGACAGGGACGACGACGACGGCAGCGACGCAUUCCACGAGCACUCGGAGUCAGACGACGUGAUCUACCCCGGUGAAGGACGCGUCUACCACGAUGUCAUGUCCGACGACUUCUGA